UUCAGAUACAAUGACUUUAAAAAGGACCCUUUGUCUCGUUGUAACUGCACCCCACCUUACAGUGGAGAGAAUGGCAUCUCUGCUCGCUCAGAUCUUAAUCCCGCAGACGGAAAAUAUCCAAUUAGUGCACUGGGACACAGAAAGAGCGGCGGAACUGAUGCCAAGGUACGUCUCGCUUUGCUAUUAAGUUAUGUUUUUAGCAUAGACAGACGGGGCUUAAAGCAGCCUAGAGAGAAACCGAGUGAUUGGGAUUCUGAAGAAACCAAAAUUAACUGAUUUUCCGAUGGUACUGACUAAUCAGAUUUAAUACAAUCAACUGACUAUUCAGAACUCAUUUUGAAUCUGAAGAUGACCAGCAUACAUGUUGUCGAAACGCUCUUCCGGUCAACAAUAGAGGAUUCAGCUGAUUCAGGACGGCACUCACUCAGACAGUCUUUAAUAGGGAGCUUAAGCAAAGGCGUUUUUGAGCGUCGCACGUCGACCGGAAAUGAGAUCUUUUUCAUUUUAAAAUGAAUUGACAAAUACCAAAUUUGUAUUUCUUCGUCUCUCAAAUCUCAAAUCUCAAAUCUUGAUUUUAACACGGUAAAAAGUCAUCAGGUUUUUUGUUACAUAUGAAGUAUAAACUACAUAACAAUAUUUAAUAAUAAUAAAUACAUAUCUAAAGAGUCUCUUAAAAAUACUACUCUCUUUCUUAUUAUAGACACGAUUUGUCCAAAAAUUUGGGCAAAAAUACCGCUCAAGAAUGAAAAAAGUCCACUUCCAGGCUGACGUGCGUCGCUGAAAAACGUCUUUGCUUCCCUAUUCUCGCCUGCAGCCGACGUCUCGCGGCUGUUUUUUCAGGCUACUACUGUAAAGAAAAAUAAAGAUUGCACGAAAGACGGUUCACUCUCAAUAGUGACGCUCCAAUUCCUGGAACAAACACUGACUGCGCACGCUAGCUCUUACUUACAUUGAGGGGUUAUAUCAUGAGAAUAGUGCUGUUUUAGGUCAAUUCUGUGCUCAACUCGUUACUUAGAGUUUUUACCCAUGCACGUAAUGUUCCUGUAUAGUUAUGAAGAAGAUAUCAACUGGCAUCACUACAAUAAUAGCUUUAAAUUACAAUUUUUUAAAAAGUUUCAUUCCAUGUCUAUCCUUGCGCAUUCAUUGCAAAGGACGAGAAGCGGCAGUUUCAGCGUCUGGAUAUUGCCUUAAACAACAAAGCUAUUAUUUCAGUUCUUUGGGAAAACAAAUUUUAGCCGGACUAAAAAGAUAUCAAAUAGCGUGACAUAACCUCAUUAAUUAAAUAUCUUCUUUCUCGUGCCUGUUUCUUAAAAACAACCACCUAUGGGAGUAAAUGGGAUUCUUCCAUUCUCCAUUUUCACAUAGACCAUAAUACACCUUGUUUACCUCCGCCGCCUACGCCCCUACGCCCCCGAAAAAAAAAAGUGUGUGCAUAGUUAUUUGAAAAUAGUUGGUAUACUAGUUAUUGUAUAAGACUCCAAAUGAAAAACAUGUAUGUAUGUAACCAUUGUCUUCGAUAUCUCUUGGGAUGACUGUAAUAUCUAGAAGAAGUUAAAAGCAAUGGUUAUGCAAAAUUUGGAGGCGGGGAGCAAGGUGCUCUAUGGUCUUUGUGAAAAUAGUGGAUGCUUGAUGUACUUCAUCGCAGCGGAUUCAGUUUAAGGCAAUGCGUAGCCUUGACUACGAGCAGUCUCUAUUUUCUUUGUCCGUCGAGCGAAACGCGUGAGACACGUAAAUGACCACCCGCAUGCGUGAAGGCGCGAGAUGGGAGAGGCUCGACGCUCGCGCGUGCACUCCCCUCACUAAAUCUAAAGAUAAAGAGAGACUGCUUGCAAUCUACGUGUAGCCUUCCGUAGAACGCAAAUAAAAAUAUUGCGAUGAGGCUUUGUGUUUCGCUUAGUCUCGUUCUUAACCUAUUGGCUUUAUCUGUAUUUAGAUAACAAAUUCAAAGAUGAUGAAGGAAUUGCAGUGCAUGGCGGUCAGCGGUCCUACCCAUGAUCAGCAGCCUGUAUUUAAGUGGAGCACAUCCGGUUGGAAACGUCCCAUGGGGCACCCCGAUGCGUGGAACUUUGAACCUCUCAUGGUCUCUUGGAAAUAA